AUGGGCACGUCGCCUGGUACGGCAGGAGCCCCCAGGACCAGCGUCUGGUACACCUUUGUGCGCUCUACUCUCGCGGGCUUCCCCCCGGCUUUCCCUGUGGGCUUCCUCUGCCCGGGCCACCCUCUGCUCCCCCUUCAGGUGUCUGCCCAGGGUCCUCUUGUCAUGAGCCUGCCCUGCCACCUAGACCACGAGGGCGGGUCCGUGUUCGGGCCCGAGUCCCAGCGCUGGGGGCAGAACUGGGCAGCCUCACCGCUCCUACUGUUUGCCAACCGCCGGGACGUGCGGCUGGUGGACGCCGGUGGCGUCAAGCUGGAGUCCACCGUCGUGGUCAGCGGGCUGGAGGACGCGGCCGCCGUGGACUUCCAGUUCUCCAAGGGAGCUGUGUACUGGACGGACGUGAGCGAGGAGGCCAUAAAGCAGACCUUCUUGAACCAGACGGGGGCCGCCGUGCAGAACGUGGUCAUCUCGGGCCUGGUCUCACCUGACGGCCUGGCUUGCGACUGGGUCGGCAAGAAGCUGUACUGGACGGACUCGGAGACCAACCGCAUCGAGGUGGCCAACCUCAACGGGACGUCCCGCAAGGUGCUCUUUUGGCAGGACCUAGACCAGCCUCGGGCCAUCGCCCUGGACCCCGCCCACGGGCAGAAGGUAGUGGAGGGCAGCCUGACGCACCCCUUUGCCCUGACUCUCUCUGGGGACACGCUGUACUGGACGGACUGGCAGACCCGCUCCAUCCACGCCUGCAACAAGAGGACUGGCGAGAAGAGGAGGGAGAUCCUGAGUGCCCUCUAUUCGCCCAUGGACAUCCAAGUGCUCAGCCAGGAGCGGCAGCCGCAUUUCCACACGCAGUGUGAGGAGGACAACGGCGGCUGCUCCCACCUGUGUCUGCUGUCCCCCCGGGAGCCCUUCUACACAUGUGCCUGCCCCACUGGCGUGCAGCUCCAGGACAAUGGCAAGACGUGUAAGGCAGGGGCUGAGGAGGUGCUCCUGCUGGCCCGGCGGACGGACCUGCGGAGGAUCUCACUGGACACGCCGGACUUCACGGACAUCGUGCUGGAGGUGGACGACAUCCGGCAUGCCAUUGCCAUCGACUAUGACCCACUGGAGGGCUACGUCUACUGGACGGACGACGAGGUGCGGGCCAUCCGUAGGGCCUACCUGGACGGCUCGGGUGCGCAGACGCUGGUCAGCACCGAGAUCAACGACCCCGACGGCAUUGCGGUCGACUGGGUGGCCCGCAACCUGUACUGGACUGACACGGGCACCGACCGCAUCGAGGUGACCCGCCUCAACGGCACCUCUCGCAAGAUCCUGGUGUCUGAGGACCUGGACGAGCCACGUGCCAUCGUGCUGCACCCCGUGAUGGGCCUCAUGUACUGGACAGACUGGGGCGAAAACCCCAAAAUCGAGCGCGCCAACCUUGACGGGCAGGAGCGGCACGUCCUGGUGAACACCUCCCUCGGGUGGCCCAACGGCCUGGCCCUGGACCUGCAGGAGGGCAAGCUCUACUGGGGAGACGCCAAGACGGACAAGAUCGAGGUGAUCAACGUCGACGGGACAAGGAGGCAGACGCUGCUGGAGGACAAGCUCCCACACAUCUUCGGGUUCACCUUGCUGGGAGAUUUCAUCUACUGGACCGACUGGCAGAGGCGGAGCAUUGAGCGCGUGCACAAGGUCAAGGCGAGCCGUGACGUCAUCAUCGACCAGCUGCCUGACCUGAUGGGCCUCAAGGCCGUAAAUGUGGCCAAGGUCAUUGCCGGCUAUGUCUACUGGACUGAGUGGGGCGGCAAGCCGAGGAUCGUGCGGGCCUUCAUGGACGGGACCAGCUGCAUGACUCUGGUGGACAAGGUCGGCCGGGCCAACGACCUGACCAUCGACUAUGCCGACCAGCGCCUCUACUGGACCGACCUGGACACCAGCAUGAUCGAGUCAUCUAACAUGCUGGGUCAGGAGCGCGUGGUGAUAGCCGACGACCUCCCGCACCCCUUCGGCCUGACGCAGUACAGCGACUACAUCUACUGGACUGACUGGAACCUGCACAGCAUCGAGCGGGCUGACAAGGCCAGCGGACGGAACCGCACCCUCAUCCAGGGCCACCUGGACUUCGUGAUGGACAUCCUGGUGUUCCACUCCUCCCGGCAGGACGGCCUCAACGACUGCGUGCAGAGCAACGGGCAGUGCGGGCAGCUGUGUCUUGCCGUGCCCGGCGGCCACCGCUGCAGCUGUGCCUCCCAUUACACCCUGGACCCCAGCAGCCGCAACUGCAGCCCACCCACAACCUUCUUGCUGUUCAGCCAGAAAUGCGCCAUCAGCCGGGUGAUCCCCGACGACCCGCACAGCCCGGACCUCAUCCUGCCACUGCAUGGGCUGAGGAACGUCAAAGCUGUCGACUAUGACCCCCUCGACAAGUUCAUUUACUGGGUGGAUGGGCGCCAGAACGUCAAGCGAGCCAAGGAUGACGGCACCCAGCCCUACAUUUUGACUUCUCCUGGCCAAAACCAGAACCCGGACCGACAGCCCCACGACCUCAGCAUCGACAUCUACAGCCGGACGCUGUUCUGGACGUGUGAGGCCACCAAUACCAUCAGUGCCCACCGGCUGAGUGGGGAGGCCAUGGGCGUGGUGCUCCGUGGGGACCGAGACAAGCCCAGGGCCAUUGCUGUCAACUCGGAGCGAGGGUACCUGUACUUCACCAACAUGCAGGAGCGCACGGCCAAGAUCGAGCGUGCGGCCCUGGACGGCACCGAGCGGGAGGUCCUCUUCACCACCGGCCUCAUCCGCCCCGUGGCCCUCGUGGUGGACAACACACUGGGCAAGCUCUUCUGGGUGGAUGCCGACCUGAAGCGCGUCGAGAGCUGUGACCUGUCAGGAGCCAACCGCCUGACGCUGGAGGAUGCCAACAUUGUGCAGCCUGUGGGCCUGGCCGUGCUUGGCAGCCACCUCUACUGGGCUGACCGGCAGCAGCAGAUGAUCGAGCGUGUGGAGAAGACCACCGGGGAGCAGCGGACACGCGUGCAGGGCCGCAUCGCCCACCUCACCGGCAUCCACGCCGUGGAGGAAGUCAGCCUGGAGGAGUUCUCGGCCCACCCAUGUGCCCGAGACAAUGGCGGUUGCUCUCACAUCUGCAUCGCUAAGGGCGAUGGCACACCACGUUGCUCGUGCCCAGUCCACCUCGUGCUCCUACAGAACCUCCUGACCUGUGGCGAGCCUCCCACGUGCUCCCCGGACCAGUUUGCGUGUGCCACGGGUGAGAUCGACUGCAUCCCUGCGGCCUGGCGCUGUGACGGCUUCCCCGAGUGUGACGACCAGAGUGACGAGGAGGGCUGCCCCGUGUGCUCGGCCGCCCAGUUCCCCUGCGAGCGAGGCCAGUGUGUGGACCUGCGUCUGCGCUGCGACGGGGAGGCCGACUGCCAGGACCGCUCGGACGAGGCCGACUGUGACGCCGUCUGUCUGCCCAGCCAGUUCCGCUGCGCCAGCGGCCAGUGCGUGCUCAUCCAGCAGCAGUGUGACUCCUUCCCCGACUGCAUGGACGGCUCUGACGAGCUCAUGUGUGAAAUCACUAAGCCGCCCGUGGACGACAGCCCAACCCACAGCAGCACCAUUGGGCCGGUCAUCGGGAUCAUCCUCUCCCUCUUCGUCAUGGGUGGCGUCUAUUUCGUGUGCCAGCGUGUGGUGUGCCAGCGCUACGCGGGGGCCAAUGGGCCCUUCCCACAUGAGUAUGUCAGCGGGACCCCCCACGUGCCCCUCAACUUCAUAGCACCGGGCGGGGCUCAGCACGGUCCCUUCACAGGGAUCUCCUGCAGCAAGUCUGUGAUGAGUUCCAUGAGCCUGAUGGGGGGCCAAGGUGGGGUGCCGCUCUAUGACCGGAACCAUGUCACUGGGGCCUCGUCUAGCAGUUCAUCCAGUACCAAGGCCACGCUCUACCCCCCGAUCCUGAACCCACCACCGUCCCCUGCCACGGACCCCUCGUUAUACAACAUGGAUAUGUUGUAUCCUUCAAACAUUCCUGCCACUGCGAGACCAUACAGGCCUUACGUCAUCCGUGGCAUGGCGCCCCCGACCACGCCCUGCAGCACCGACGUGUGCGACAGCGACUACAGCGCCAGCCGCUGGAAGGCCAGCAAGUACUACCUAGACCUGAACUCCGACUCUGACCCCCACCCGCCCCCGCCCACGCCCCACAGCCAGUACCUGUCGGCGGAAGACAGCUGCCCACCGUCGCCCGCCACCGAGAGGAGCUACUUCCACCUGUCCCCGCCCCCGCCCUCCCCCUGCACGGACUCGUCCUGA